AUGGCGAGUGGCCCAACGGAGCUUUUAAUAGACGAGGAACGUUUCCUCUUGACCGUAGAGGUGCUUCUUGCAAACAUUCCCUCCCUUGUCUCAGAUCUCAGCUCCGCCAAGUAUGCACUGCUUAGUUUCUCCGACAAGUUCCGGAAUGAGGUGAGGCAGAAGAGCUCACUAAUUCCUGCUGUGAGCGACGCCUAUCGCGAGUUUCUUGAGAUGCGAGGGAGUCUGCAAGAGGAACAGCGGAAAUUGAACGAGCUUGAGACGCAGCUGGUGCGGUCGUCUCCGCCGAAUUUUCUCUCAGUGGAGGAGGUUCAUUUUGAGGACACGGGCGGCGCACUCCUCGCUGAUGAACCCCGGCGCAGUGACGGAGCGGAUGCCCAGGAAGAGUCACUCAUUGAAGAGAAUCUUCUGAAGCCUCACGCUGCAUCGGCUGGAUCAACUGUGUCCACGGCUGAAGGUCUCGUAAAUAUUUACGAGACGCAGAAAAACUCGACACUCUCUGACGAUGCCUCUCAGACUGCGCUGGUAUUGAGUGCGGACGAUAUCAAACGGGUGCGGGAAUCCGAGUCUUUGCUUGAGGAGGAGCGGGAAAAGCUGGCGUGUCUCGCGAGGGAGACAAACGUGCUGGAGGACCAACUGGAGUUGGAUCGCUCCCGCUGUGAGGAGAUGUCAGAACACGUUCAUAGCAUUAGGCGUAACUAUCUGGCGGUACUGGCUGAGCUUACGGCAGUAGAAAGUGAGCGGCGUCAGUACGCUACACUGCGAGAGGAAUGGGAAGGACGAAAAGGGAUUUACAGUGAGGCUCGCCGCGAUAUGGAGGAAAUUUUUGUUCGCUGUCGACAUGAGGAGUUGGCUAUUAUCUCAGUUGUGCUUGAAGGGGUACACGAACAUGUUAUUAGCAUCGAAAGGGAACUUAAUGAAAAGAAACGGUCUCAAGAGGUGGAGCUGGCGGUGUACCAGAUUGCCUACAAGGAGCAACAGGCGGUCGUGGAUGAGCUGCGGGACGCUGUGAGUUAUCUUCAGCGUCAUCAGUGGGAGUUGGAACUGAUGGCAAAGAGGCAGGAGAUCGAAAAGUAUAAGAGAAAAAGUAUACGUCGGCUUUUGAUGGCCUCUUUGAGUGCGUCUUUAAAUACCGGAGAGGCAUUGACGCAGGAACUGAGAGAGGAAUAUAUUAAAGAGGCGAAAGAGGAUCAUCGGGCGGUGAGUUUUGUCUCAGCACGCAUUGGUGCGCUGGAGGCACGGAGAGGAGUUCUUGCGGCAGAGUUGCUUCGUAUCUCCUCCACAGAAAAGGACACCACACGUGUGAACUGCGCACUGCGGCGCAUUCGAGAAAUUUUGAUGGAUGAAAUUACCAUUGACGAGUCAAUGCUACAGAAUGAAGAUGAGCUCACACCAUGGUACAAUAGGGAGCUAUUGCCGCCUCAUUCUUAG